CAGCGGUGCUGUGGGUUAUUAUGAGUGGGCUGAACCCUGCAGUCCUUGCUCUGCCUCCUCAUUCCUCCCCCACUGCCAUCAGCAUCUAGCUACCUAGGUGCUGGUGCUGCUCUCGUGCCCGGGAGAGUGUUGCCUGCGUGAAGCCUGACUAAGUAAGUGCCCCCGUUUACAUCUCAGCAGCCCCACUGCAGAAAGGGCCUGCACCAAAACCCACUGAAGGCAAUGGAGAGACGCCCAUUGAUUUGAAGGGGCUUUUGACCAGGUGCAGGGCAGAGGUUGGCUUAGUGUUUGUGCUGCAUGCAGCUCCCUUUCUGUCACCCCCAAACACGGCGCCUCAUCCCUCCAAGCACCCAGGGGUGAGAACCUCAUGCUGUCUGUCCCGUUUGGAGUGAGUGCAUCACUGGCUUUCACCACACCUGCACUAGUCUUCACAUCUCACUGCUCCGGCCUGCCGCUGAGAGUCACCAACGCUGAGUCUGCUUCCACCAGUGGGGAAUCUGGAGCAGGAUUUCUCUGGCUCUCCAGAGAGCUAAGAGCAAGAGUAGUUGCGGUAACCAGGUCAGAUGAGGGUGUCCUAGCCUGGGUGGUUAUAAAAACAAGCUGGUACUGCCAGUGUGGACGGGGAUCUGUUCCCACAAGCAGUCCCAUUGGUUUCAUAAGAACAUAAGAGCGGCCACACUGGAUCAGACCAAUGGUCCAUCUAGUCCAGCAUCCUGUCUUCCGACUGUGGCCAAUACCAGGUGCUUUAGAGGGAAUGAACAGAACAGAGCAAUUAUUAAGUGAUCCAGCCUCCGUUGUCUAGUCCCAGCCUCUGGCAGUCAGAGGCUUAGGGAUACCCAGAGCAGGGGGGUGCGUCCUAACCAUCUUGGCUUAUAGCCAUUGACGGACCUAUCCUCCAGAAACUUCUCUAAUUGUUUUUAGAACCCUGUUGUACUUUUGGCCUUCACAACAUCCCCAGGCAACAAGUGCCACAGGUUGACUGUGCAUUGUGUGAAGUACUUCCCUAUGUUUGUUUUAACCUGCUGCCUGUUAAUUUCAACCAGGUGAUCCCUGGUUCUUGUGUUACAUGAAGGGAUAAAUAACAUGUCCUUAUUUACUUUCUUCACACCAUUCUUCAAUGAGCACCAUAGGAAGGGAAAAGGAUGGUCCAGUGGUUAGGACACUAGCUGUGGUUUGGGGAGACCUGGAUUCAAUCCCCUGCUCUGCAACAGACUUCUUGCCUGACCUUGGCUUCAUUCGUCUCUUCCAAGGAGAAUAUCACUGCCGUCCAUCGUUUGCUGAUUCAACGCUGCUUCCAGAGGAGAAUCUAUUUGCUGAACUGUGAUUCCUGCUAACCCAGGGAAGCAAUGGUCGGACUGAAGCCCACUGACAUCCCUCCAACUGCUACUGUUAAGUUCCUGGGUGCUGGGAUGGCAGCAUGCAUAGCAGAUCUCUGCACCUUCCCUCUGGACACGGCGAAAGUCAGACUGCAGAUCCAGGGAGAGUCCAAGCCUACCAAGAGCGUGAAGACCAUCCACUAUAAGGGCGUCUUCGGCACCAUCACCACCAUGGUGAAGACGGAAGGUCCCACGAGCCUGUACAACGGCCUGGUGGCUGGGCUCCAGCGUCAGAUGAGCUUCGCUUCCAUUCGUAUCGGGCUGUACGACUCCGUGAAACAAUUCUACACCUCCACGGGGUCGGAGAAUGCCGGCGUUCUCACCCGGUUGCUGGCGGGCUGCACCACCGGAGCCAUGGCAGUCACGUGUGCCCAGCCGACCGACGUGGUCAAGGUGCGAUUCCAAGCCCACGUGAGGCUGACGGAUGGAACCAAGAAAUACAACGGGACUGUGGAUGCCUACAAAACCAUCGCCAAGGAGGAAGGGGUCAGAGGCCUCUGGAAAGGGACGUUACCCAACAUCACCCGCAACGCCAUCGUGAACUGCGGAGAGAUGGUUACCUAUGACCUUCUCAAGGAGAUGCUGCUGAAAUAUCAUCUAAUGACAGACACUUUUCCUUGCCAUUUCGUCGCUGCUUUCGUAGCUGGGUUCUGCGCCACUGUGGUGGCUUCGCCCGUCGACGUCGUGAAGACGAGAUACAUGAAUUCCACCCGUGGCCAGUACAAAAAUGCCUUGAACUGUAUGCUCACCAUGGUGAUCCUGGAAGGACCCACAGCGUUUUACAAGGGGUUCAUGCCCUCGUUCCUACGGUUGGGAUCCUGGAACGUGGUGAUGUUUGUGACCUACGAGCAGCUGAAACGCGCCAUGAUGCUGGCCCAUGAGACGUAAGCGUCUCCAUCCUAAGCCCCAGGGAGAUCUGUGGGAUGAGACGACAGAGGACAGCCUGGGGGCUCCCGUGGAUUCUCCUCUCCCAGGCAAAGCUGGCUCUCUCGGCUGAACUCUGACCGGGACACACACUCCCAGCCGCUGAGGUGGGGACAUGCGGCUUUGGAUGGACUGUCCGGCAACAGCUGGCUUUUCGAAACCCACUUGUCACAGUCGGCGAGAUGCCAACAUAUAUUACGUUAUUUAAACAUGCCCAAGGGAUGCAAGAUACUGAAGCGACGAAAAAGGACUAGAAAAAACCAAACCAUCAGUGAAGCCAAACUUUCGAUACGGCCUCUGAGCUCUUCGAACCAUCUUGGAUCCAGGUGCUGCCAUGUGGACAGGAAACUGGAGCAUAAUCCCAGGGUGAUGAUAAAGAGCAAGAGCUGACCGCCCACAGAUGGAACUGCAGUAGGACGCCGACCCGAUCUGCCUGCGGUGCACACUAGUCAGUGUUCUGGAGCUGCACUGAGAGGGGGUUACUGGAGGAACAUUGCCCACCCAUGUGGAUCACUCGUGUCACAGGGGAAUAGUGGCCAUUCAACUGUGUCAUUGUUAUUGCCACCUUGCAGCCAUUGCUAAUAAAAGAACUCAGAGGGCCCCCAGGGGAUCCCGUUGCGGGUCUCCUGGCUUUUCCUUGGCAGAUUUAGUUCUUUCUCUCUUUUUCCUCUCUGGCCCAUGCUGAAAGGCCUGUGGAGCAAACCCAGAGGGGACGGCUGAGGGAUCUAAGCAUCGGGUUAGAAAUACCUAGAACGAUCCCAAUGCUUGAAUCCUAGUGGGAUCAGCUCACCCUGCAUCUUUCUGAGCUGGACAAAUGAACCUGCUUCACCGAAAGCACUAACCCAAGGCCAAAGCAACAGCAUCGCCCUGGUCAAUGAAAGACAAUGGCGACUACAGCAGGCAGGCCCCCACCCGAGCAGUGGCGUGGAAUUCACCCCGGUCCAGAGAACCAGAGAAAUGCAGGACUGGAAGGGAUGUCAAGAGGUCGGCUAGUCCGUUGCCUGCGCUGAGGCACAAUGAAGUAACCUUCCAAUCCAAUAUUCCUCAACGAAUCCCAACAGAGAGGCUACUAAAGUCCUGAGUUCAAAGGAAGAGGCAAAAGAAGCCAGAAUACUCAAGAGGGGUUCUGAUCUCUAUGGCAUCAAAUCUUAGACGUUGUCCAGCCCUUCUGGUUGUAAAGGGAACCUUCAAAUGCAACCACUGCCUUUUUGGGGAUCAGGAAAGAGAAUCAAACAAUAGCACAAAGAAAUGAGAACACUCCUUAUUCAUCUCAAAGGGCUCUUCAUUGUCAAGCCUCAGACUUCAUGAGCCCUUGUUCACCUUGACAAUGCUAAUCCAUGGACCAGAAAACUCCGGCUCAUUUUAUCCCACUCAUCAUGUCCUGGUGUUGCAGUCGUUUGACGGGCUAUUUCAUAGGACUAGCUUGGAACAUGCACAUGAUUGAAUAUUCCUUUGAGGAUUCAGGCAAUUCUGUAACAGCAAUCCCCUGGAAACAGAUCUUUCCCAGACCUCUUAAACAGGGAAAGUGUGUGAGCAAAUAAAUCGUCUCCACUUGGACGAUA